GCCUCGACGCGACCAACAGGGCGGCCGCCUUCGCACUGGGUGAAGCUCCUCCCACGGCCAUCGUCGGAUCGCGUCGUCUAAACAUCAUUUAUAAACAUCAUCGUUAAUUCAUAGCUUCGUUCAGGGCCAUGUCUCUUCCCGAGCGACCCGGGGUGAGGCCCUCUUACGAAGAGGGACGUAGCUACCGGCAGACGCCGUCUCGACGCCGGCCACCUCCCGGCGGGUAUGAAGCUGCAGCAGCGCAGCCGCUGCACGAACGUGGGCCAUCAGCCUCCUCUUUGGGCGAGACCAUACAAUCCCCUAAUUCGAACAUAGAGAGAGCCCCAUUGUCACCGCCGCCCGACCAUGCAAGCCGCGAGCUAGGGUUUCAACGCAAGAGGAGCCUCAUCAGGCCAGAGAGAAACCGAAUUGGCAAGGACCACCCAAACUACCAUUACAGGAAACAUGCUGCGAACAUGAACACCUUGCCAUCAUCAACGGGCAACGAUCCCAUCUUUGAGAACUUGGAAGCGAUUACAGAUCCCUCUGCAUCCGGCUCGAGGAACGACGAUGCUGUCUCUGACGAGUCACCUCCAAGGAGGAAGCGCUCGUCGAGGCCCCAUAAAUCCGAUGCAGAGAAGCCAAGUCAAUCGAGGCGCAGAGCAUCGAGCGGCGCAAAGCCUAGCAAGAUCACCAAAGACUCGAAGUCAAAGCGCCACCAACGAGUCGAGCAAAUAAGUCCGCCGAGCUUGUGGAACAUCUAUUGCGCGAUAAUAACAUUCUGGUGCCCGGGAUUCGUUCUCAAAUGCUUUGGAAUGCCAGCCAAGGCGCAACAAAGAGCGUGGAGAGAAAAGAUGGGGUUGAUCAGCUUAAUCUUGUCCAUUAUGACAAUCGUCGGAUUCCUAACGUUCGGCUUCACCCAGGUAGUCUGCGGCAGCCCCCCACUCCGACUACACGUGAACGAUGUUGGUGGCGGGUACAUGAUUUUCCACGGAUCAGCCUACGACCUGAGCAGCUCUCAUCACCCUGCAGCGUUGGGAAUUCCUGCCCAAGCAAACGUGCUAUUCGAUCUCCCUGAGAAACACGGUGGACAGGACGGAAGCUUCCUAUUCCAGAACGUCAAUGGCAAAUGCAAGGGGCUAGUGAAGGCGGCCCAGGGCUCAGACGUGCCGACAGACGCGAGUGGCAACCUGGCCUGGUACUUUCCUUGUACUCCUUACAACCAAGACGGAUCUACCAAGCCAAAUUUGACGAUCCCCUAUUACCUGGGAUACGCCUGCCACACCACCGCAUCUUCCCGAGACACUUUCUACUUGAGCCUGACGGGCGCAGCUGAUGUCUACUUCACUUGGGAUGACGUCAAGAACAGCUCGCGCAAUCUUGUGGUUUAUUCUGGCAAUGUCCUUGACUUGGACCUCUUGAAUUGGUUCAACGACACGCAGGUUACAUACCCAACACGCUUCAAGGAGUUAAGGGAUAAGAACUCCCCAGCAAAUCAGGCCAUUCGCGGUCGCGAUAUCACACGAGCUUUCCAGUCUUCAGGUGACAAGGUAAACGCUGAAUGCUUCGAGGAGAUUAUCAAAGUUGGGACUGUCGAUACAGACACCGUCGGCUGCAUUGCAUCCCAGGUCGUUCUCUAUCUGUCUCUUGUUCUUAUUCUUGCCGUCGUGGUUGCGAGGUUCCUCCUAGCAAUUAUCUUCCAGUGGUUCAUUAGCAAGACGUAUGCGGCCGCCAAAACCUCGCAGACAUCUGACCAACGCAAACGCAACCGCCAGAUCGAGGACUGGACAGACGACAUUUACCGAGCUCCACCCCGAAUGCCAGGCGACAUUGGAAGCAGCGUCAACGGCUCCUCCGAUCGUCAAAGCAAGCGCAGCAGCACGUUUCUCCCCAAAACCUCUCGAUUCUCUGCCAUCUACGGCACGGAGAGAAACAACCGAAGGUCUCAGAUGCCUACCACGAUGACAAGCCAAAGCGCAGCAGGUCAACUUAUGCAUCCCGGCACACUCUAUCGUCAGGGUAACGACAGUCGGUCGAGCUUCAUCAAAUCCGACCCGUAUGGAACCAGUGGCAGCCCUACAGAUGGCCCUGGCCCUGCCGGUUUUAUUCACGAGGCCGUAGUCCCUCAGCCGCCUUCGGAUUGGAUGCCGUUUGGAUACCCCCUCGCCCACGCGAUCUGCUUGGUAACGGCCUACUCUGAGGGCGAAUUGGGUCUCCGCACGACCCUUGACUCGAUUGCAAUGACCGACUAUCCCAACAGCCACAAGGUAAUUCUCGUUAUUUGCGAUGGCAUUAUCAAAGGCAAGGGGGAGUCGCUUUCCACGCCCGACAUUGUUAUUAGCAUGAUGAAGGACCACACCAUCCUCCCCGAGGAUGUGCCAGCGUUCUCGUACGUGGCCGUGGCAAGCGGUUCUAAACGGCACAACAUGGCCAAAAUCUACUCAGGCUUCUACGACUAUGGCGCUAAAUCCGGCAUACCCCUCGAGAAGCAGCAGCGAGUUCCCAUGAUGGUUGUUGUCAAGUGCGGUACGCCUGAUGAAAUGACCAAGGCGAAACCUGGAAACCGUGGCAAGCGCGACAGUCAAAUCAUCCUCAUGUCCUUCCUCCAAAAGGUCAUGUUUGACGAGCGCAUGACUCAACUGGAGUACGAAAUGUUCAACGGGCUGUGGAAUGUUACGGGUAUUUCUCCCGAUUUCUACGAAGUUGUUCUCAUGGUCGACGCCGACACAAAGGUCUUCCCCGACAGUCUCACUCACAUGAUCUCGGCCAUGGUCAAGGAUCCUGACAUCAUGGGUCUCUGUGGCGAGACUAAAAUUGCGAACAAGAGGGCAAGCUGGGUUUCGGCCAUCCAGGUGUUUGAGUACUUCAUCUCCCACCAUCUUGCGAAAUCGUUCGAGUCAGUAUUUGGCGGCGUCACCUGUCUCCCCGGCUGUUUCUGCAUGUACCGCAUCAAGGCUCCCAAGGGCGCCCAGAACUACUGGGUCCCCAUAUUGGCCAACCCAGAUGUCGUCGAGCACUACUCGGAGAAUGUUGUCGACACUUUGCACAAAAAAAACUUGUUGCUGCUCGGCGAAGAUCGGUACCUGACCACUCUGAUGUUGCGCACCUUCCCGAAGCGAAAACAGGUGUUUGUGCCGCAGGCCGUCUGCAAAACGACAGUCCCAGAGACAUUCAGUGUCCUGCUCUCUCAGCGACGCCGGUGGAUCAACUCGACGGUCCACAAUCUUAUGGAACUUGUUCUCGUGAGGGACUUGUGUGGAACCUUCUGCUUCAGCAUGCAAUUUGUCGUCUUUAUUGAGCUCAUCGGCACUCUUGUUUUACCCGCAGCCAUUGCGUUCACCUUCUAUGUCGUUAUCAUAUCCAUCGUACAUUCGCCACCUCAAAUCAUCCCGCUCAUUUUGCUCGGUUUGAUUCUAGGAUUGCCAGCUAUCCUCAUCGUGGUCACAGCGCACAGCUGGUCAUAUGUCGUCUGGAUGUUGAUAUACUUGAUGUCGCUCCCCAUUUGGAACUUCGUUCUACCCACCUACGCAUUUUGGAAGUUUGACGACUUCUCGUGGGGCGACACGAGGAAGACAGCAGGAGAAAAGACGAAGAAAGCCGGCAUCGAAUACGAAGGCGAGUUCGAUAGCAGCAAGAUUACGAUGAAGCGAUGGGCCGAGUUUGAGCGCGAUCGCCGAAACAAGAACAACUACUGGGGCGCGAGAGAUAGCACCAUAGGUGUAACCCCCAUGGAAGGCCACGGUCAGUAUGAAGAGUAUUAUUCGGACGUUUAAGCAGGUAUCAGUCAUGUUGGAAAGAAAAAUAUUUGGAGCGACAUAGUGCUAUUUGGGUUAUUAUCAUGGCGACGCGUUCGGAUUCAGACGGCGAGU